CAUGUUUACUUCCUGUAUAAAUGGGAAGUAGGUAGAGCUGGAAGUCUGGAGGUGACCGAAUGGUAGAGAGAAUUACUUUGUUUUUUUUCCUUUAUGAAAACAACCCAAACAUAACAAAAAUAGUCGACUCACACGCUAAAGUGGAGAAUCAUUAAUUUUGUAGCAGUGAUAUACUGUCGCCAACAUGGGGGCUCACCUGGUGCGAAGCUACAUUACCGAACGGGACACGACGCCAGACCCCAGGAAGCCUUUCCAAAACGACCCGCAUUUCGGCUUCAAGGAAAGGAAAGAGAGAGUAAUGGUGGCCAGUCAGGAGCAGAUGAACCUGGCGAUGUUGCCCCUGGAACAGCGCGACUAUUGCGCUCACCACCUCCUCAAACUGAUGAAAUGCAAGAGGGACAACUUCCCCAACUUCCUGGCCUGCAAGCACGAGAGACACGAGUGGGACUACUGCGAACAUCAAGACUACGUGAUGCGGAUGAAAGAAUAUGAGCGAGAGAGAAGGCUCAACCUGAGGAAGAAGAGGAUUGAAGCGCAGGCAGCAUAGCCCUCCAUCUUCCUCUUCACCUCUUGUCAUCUCUGCCCUUUGUGUUUAUGUAAAUAAAGAAGCUCUCAACAAUAAAGAGUAUCUUGUGAGCCCAUCGA